CUUCCGGAGGCCGAGCAGAAACCGGAAGUUGUUAGAUCUCGACGCGUCCGCCUCGAGGAAGAGAAAGAAGCCCGAGCGAGCGGACCGUGAUACCGGCUCCCGGCCCUCGGCCCUGACGAACCCCGCUCCUGCUCCCGGCUCCGGCCCCAGCGCAUCCCGGCCGUCGCCAUGGCGAUGCAAGCGGCUAAACGCGCGAACAUCCGGCUCCCGCCCGAGGUGAACCGCAUCCUCUACAUCCGCAACCUGCCCUACAAGAUCACGGCCGAGGAGAUGUACGACAUCUUCGGCAAGUACGGGCCCAUCCGGCAGAUCCGCGUUGGGAACACCCCGGAAACCCGAGGCACUGCCUACGUGGUCUAUGAGGACAUCUUUGACGCCAAGAACGCGUGCGACCAUCUGUCCGGCUUCAACGUGUGCAACCGCUACCUCGUGGUGCUCUACUACAACGCCAACCGGGCUUUCCAGAAGAUGGACACGAAGAAGAAGGAGGAGCAGCUGAAGCUGCUGAAGGAGAAAUAUGGCAUCAACACGGACCCCCCCAAGUGAGCAUCCUGCCAGUUGGGCCGUUCAUCUCCCUCAGCCCUCUGAGCCUCGAUGGCAUAGGAAACUGGCUUUUGACUCCUUUAUUCCUGAAGCCUUCACAAUGACCUUGACCCCUGCCCUACCCAGCCUGGUGGCUCUCAUUUGGACACUUGUGGCCAGCUGUGCUGGGUCAGCGGCUCAGUGACUGGGCCCCAGGGACUUCACACAGAGCCUUCUCACAUCUGACCGUCUGGUGUUUCCCAUAGUUGCUCGUUGUUCCCUGGAUGCAGAAGAAGGGUUGGCAAAUAAAGGUGUGGGUAAUGGC